AUGAUCCAUACACGACACCCUCACCCGACUCCUCUGGGCACAAAGGACCUAGGUCCAAUUUCCAUCUUGGCCCCAUUUUCAGCCUUGAUCAUCUCCAUCAUCUUGACGAUAUGCUUUCUCAUUCGCUUCUACAUCCUCGAAGGAUUCCUCAUCCGUCGUCUCUAUGGCCCCAUCUACACGCGGAUGAGCGAGCUGAAUCGUCGAGGCUUCAUUAACCACCACAUCGCUGGAGUCACCAAAGUUAUCAUUUUGAUCGUUGCCGCAUACCCCUUUAUCAGUGUCGCUUUCUUCAGAGGGCCAUCAUUCAGCACGCCCUAUGUCCAUGGCUCAGUGGUGACACUUGGGGACAUCCUGGUGAUUGUAGCCCAAAUGCUGAUCGGUAUAUACAUUUUCGAGUUGAUCUACCGUGUGAAGUUGUCACCCGUCGCUGUGAUGCAUCACGUCGGAACAAUCAUCAUUGGCCAAGUGGCUAUCGCGAUCACUCUGCCACCGUUACGCGAACCCGAUGCCUACCUCGAGUUCGUUCUCUGCUUAGUCUGGGGUGCAUUCGACGUUGUCUUCGAGCUGUUCCCCCAUGUUGCCAUAGUCCUCUAUCGGAUCUUCCCCGACCGUCACCGAUUCCUUGGCAAUGUUUUCCUCUUCUCGUGUUGCUCGACCGCAUUGGGCACAGUCGCCGAGACCAUUGUGAUGAUGUGGCUAUUUUCAACCUCGUGGGACCGGUGGCGGCUUGCCUUCAAGAUCGUCACCCCGAUCCUGCAUGCGGCGUUCUCUGCGGCACAAAUCCAUGGAAGUAUUGUCUUCUGGCGGAUGUACUGCCGACAGAAGCGCUUUCAGGCAGAGGACGAUGUCGAAGCGAGAGAACCAAAUACUAAGCAUGAGGGUGAGGACUCAGUACAUCGUCAAUCCGAAAGUCAGGGUGGGCGGAGUGUGGAGUGGGAGGGCGAUCUUGGCUUGAUCACUAUAAAAUCGGAGGUCCCCCUUGUUGAUGCCGUUGAGAGAUCACGUUAG